AUGUCCUCCCUCAACAACCUUCUCAACCCGGAGUCGUCCUACGAGUCGUCGCUCAGGUUGCAGACCGUCCGCUCCCCAACCAGCUCCGCAACGUCUCCGACAGACAAGCCCAUAGCUACGAUCCACACAGUCGAGAUAAAGCCCCCUCCCCCUCCCCCACCUCCACGAGCAGAGGUCUUCAUACGCGCGCACGAACCACAUCCCGACUGCCCAGACACGCUAGCAUGUCUUCCGGAUACCGACGGACGCCCACAACACACCCUUCCCGUCAUCCUGCGCUGCACCAUCCUCGGUAGCCCACGAAAGCGGCUCACAAUCAGGGAGAUUUACGCGGCGAUGGAGAGGAAAUAUCCGUAUUAUAAGACCGCGGGGCCGGCAUGGAAGCAAUCUGUGCGGCAUCAUCUCUCCCUCAAUCGCUUGUUCGAGCGUCAACCCCGUCCACCCUCCGAUCCCGGCUUCGGGUCGUACUGGACAGUAAACCUCGAUGCCCCGCCGGGUACCAAGCGUCCGAGGAAGAGGGGAGGAAGGGCGAAAACCGACGGGUCGGAGACGGGAACUAUAACUGUGCUGGGUCCGUCCACUACGCCUCCUCCACCUCCCAUCCCCAUCGGACAGCGUACCUUGCCUGCUUUGCCCGGUCCCCCGGCUCCUUCAAUGCCGGCUGCACAAAGCACACAAACACCAAUAUCAACGUCGCAGAUUCCUCCGCCACCACCGUCAGCGACACCAUCCAGUGCUUCAAGCGUCGCGUCUGCACCCUCUCACACGCCGCCCACAUCCUCUACUGCUACUUCGGCGUCGGUGAGUCUUGUUCACCCCGACUCUCAAUCUGCGCGACAGUUGCCUGAGGAAGAUCCUCAGGCGCGCCCGAGUCCGCCGAACCAUUACAUCCGCUCCUCGCAGCCCCCCCUACACAUACAUCAGUCUCCUUACUCACAAGUACAAUCCCAGCCUCCCCAUCCCGGGCACGCC